AUGACACCUCUUCCCUGGCUUCUCCGGCCCCUCGUAGCCAUUUGGCUCUGCGCCGGGCUAGGCUGGAGCCAGACGACGGUGCCCGUGUACCUGCCCGGCUACGAUGCUUCGGAUUGGAAAGCCCUACGCGGAAGCGUGAUCAAAAGUGAUGAAUCCAUGACCACCUACACAAUAUUCUGCGCACAGCAGACACCGCCGUCAUGCGUGUUAGAUGAUGCCUUGCCAUUCCUCUUUGCAGAGGGCGCCAGCUCAAUGAGCUUCGGCGGCGCGGUCCCCGGUGAUAUAACAGCGGACCUGCGCUGCGACCUCGUCGGCACCACGGCGGCGACUUGUACGGGUUACUCGUCGCUCGGCGCCGAUUUCCAUGAAGGGCCUUUCACCGGCCCGACCGAAACGACGUGGACAAGCACCUUCUCUGGCUCUGCCGUCGAAUGGGGCGUCCUUACACUUACAACGGCUCCGACAACCACGCUAACUCCAAAUCUCGACGGCACCGAUAUAGAGUCAGAACCCAAGGCAACUUCCAACCCCACAUCAUUGGCAGACCCUUCAUCUCCCACCUCAGCGGCGAGCCUGACAGGCAAGGGGCCAGGCAACAAAUUAAGCCUCAGCGUGGCAUUUAUUUCCGGUGGCGCUAUACUGGCUGGGAUUCUGCUCCCAUGA